AUGGAUUUCAGCACGAUGUCGAAGACUGCCGCGAGCACGCCCGCCUCGAGUCCAGGACUCUUCUCUCCCACGUCUCUGCCUCCAAGAGUUGCAGCUCCUCCGUCCGAUGGCACACCGCAAUCUAGUCCGUACCUGCAUCCGUUGCAGCUGCACAAGGUCAAAGAAACCCACAAGGCGAUGGUCGAACAGGACUUUAUCACCGGCCGAAAAUUAAUCAACCAGUACGAGGUGAUUGAGGAGAUCGGUCGUGGUGUCCACGGAAAGGUCAAGUUGGCUCGCAAUCUCAAUACGAGCGAACAUGUCGCCAUCAAAAUCAUACAGCGCUACUCGAAGAAACGACGAUUGGGCAAGGUCACCGUCUCCCCGGAGGAUAAAACCAAGAGAGAGAUUGCGAUACUAAAAAAGAUCCGUCAUCCAAACGUUGUGGGUCUACUGGAAGUCAUCGACGAUCCCGAGUUGAAGAAGAUAUACAUGGUGUUGGAACAUGUCGAGUAUGGCGAGGUCACUUGGCGCAAGAAAGGCAUGCCGCAGAUCUGUCUCUACGAAAGACGUCGAGUUGAACGAGAGCAGCAUGGAGAAGAUACGGGCGAUGAAGAGAAAUUUUUCAAGAUGAUCGAUCGCCGACGCCAGCGAAAGGACGCACAACGAGCCAAGAUCACUCAGUAUAACAAUGCACAUGCCGAAUUCUGGAGCUUGGAACAUGGCGAAGAUGAAGACGAUGUCGAGGGUGUCCCUCUCUCACGGCAGAAUACACAUAACUCUGCACAAAGUCUAUCGGCGUAUCGUUCAAGGACCGUCUCAAGGCCAAGCUCUCGUACACACUCCAGAGCUCCAUCCGUGGUACCGUCUCGCGCCAGCUCCCGAGCACAUACACCGUUACCUAUCGAGUACGAUAUUCCUUCUUUGGACAGUGACAAUGAGGACGAAACACCAGGACCUUUACCAUCCCUCCCAUCGGUACCGUCGCUACCAUCGCACCACGGCUCGCUUGGUGCUCUCGAAGGUACGUACUAUGGAUCGUACCCCGAUGAACCACCUUACCGAGGGAGAUCUCCGAGUAUGGCAGAUAGUAUCAUAUCACAUAUGUCUUCCGUCGACGACGUACCGCACGAUGCGUUUGAGGAGGAUUUCUCCUUUGUCCCUUGCUUCACGAUUGAACAAGCUAGAUCAGCGUUUCGUGAUACCGUGCUUGGUUUAGAGUAUUUGCACUACGAAGGUAUCGUUCACCGAGAUAUCAAACCGGCCAAUUUACUGUGGACAAAGGAUCACCGUGUCAAGAUUUCCGAUUUUGGUGUAUCUUAUUUUGGACGACCAAUUCGGGAGGGCGAAACAGAAGAGAAUGUCUCCGAGGCAGACGCAACAGAUUUCGACGACGAUCUCGAGUUGGCCAAGACCGUUGGGACACCUGCAUUCUUCGCCCCCGAGUUGUGUUACACGGACUUGGACCAUGAGCAACCGAAGAUCACGGAACAAAUCGAUGUUUGGUCUCUCGGUGUCACCCUGUACUGCCUCGUUUAUGCACGUAUCCCAUUCCUUGCCGAGGACGAGUAUCAGUUGUUUCGAUCUAUUGCUAAAGACGAUAUAUAUAUCCCAAAAAGACGUCUAAAGCCAGUGGACUCGGCGCUGAACAACUCUGCAUCAUCAACGAGCCUCAACAAGCGAGCUACGCCUACUGCGGGCCCAUACCGAGAGGAUGGAGAGCUUGCGUUUGAGGACAUUGAUGAUGAAUUGUUGGAUUUACUCCGGCGGAUGCUUGUGAAAGAUCCGACGGAACGGAUGAAGCUCAGAGAAGUCAAACGUCAUCCUUGGGUCAUUCGAGGCAUCGAUAACAUCAUCGGCUGGCUUGAUGACACGGAUCCAUCAAGGAAAACUUCUGGAAGAAGAAUCCAGGUCGACGAUCGUGAAUUGGAGGUUGCCGUUGUGCCUAUUACUUUCCUGGAACGUGCUCGGUCGGCAAUCAAAAAGACGGUUAACAAGGUCAUUGGUUCUACCAGAAGCGAAACCAGAGGCGAGGGAUCACGCAGAAGAGCGAUCAGCAGUGCCACCAGUUCUGGCACGGAUAACCUUCACACACCAUUUACUCCACUGAGCCGGGGAGACAACCGACGAGCGAGUCUUCGGGGCGAUGAAUCUUACUUUGCCGCUUUCCAGGACAAGUACGAACAACGAGAGCAAUACACACACUCAGGCCACCCGCUCGCUCAAAGUCUCACGGCGAGUCCAGACACUGCGCACAAACCUGCGGAUCCGUUUGCCAGGGACUUUGCUCAUGGAUCUUCUUCGGUAGGAGCUACCCCUACACGUAUCCCAUCUGGUGAUGGGCUCAAUUUUGAUUCAAGACCAGGUCCGCCGGAUCGACAAGUUUCGGCGGCGGCUUCAAUCCAAACGGUCGUACAUAGAGGACACUCGCAUUCAAAAUCUGUAACUAGUAAUGGCCACUCAAUCAUGCACGAUGAUGGAACCCAUACCCCUGGCCCCUUUACAGAUCAUCUUGGUGGAAUCUUCUCUGGCCAUCUGCCUUGGCAUGGGAGGGAACGUGAUCGUCUGGAUGAAAUCGAAGAGGGCACUGCUUCUCGUGCGCGGUCUGUUGAUCGUAGUUUGUUUGAAUCAGAAAACAAGCACGCCGAGCCGAGCAUUGCUGUGAGUGAUGCUGUUGCACCUGGACAUUUUUCUCAUUUGUCUUCACGAUAUGGCAUCUCCAGAUCAGAACAAGCCAGCCCUGUGAGCGCAUACUAUGACAAACCUCUGGCAUCACCGAUGUUUUUCGAACCCUACAUGGUACAAGCUCAUCAACUUCAACAGACUACACAAUCCGCAUCGACCCCCAACUUUCCUCAAACUGCUUAUGCAGCUUCUAAUAUUGAUGAGCGUCCGUCGACUGCCAGCAAAACCCCUGAAGGUAAAACACCACCUCGUCGUUCGAUGAAUACCAGUACACCAGAGUCUUUUCAACGUGCUCGCGACAUUCAAGCUCGAAGACGAAAGCAAGAAGUGGAGGAGGAGGAACUUCGAAGAGUCGCGAAAGCCGAAUUGCGAAAGGCACAAGAUUGCCCUCCGUCACCAGAUGAUCAUAUAUUCGUACAGAAACAGGAAGAUGCUGCUAAAAGAGCACAAUCAUCUAGCUCGGUUAAUUCGACUAGCAUGACCUCACCGUCAGAUGCACCGUCGCCUAUUUCAUCGAUAGCACUUAGCUCGACAGAACAAAUUUUCCCAUCUGUGCCUUCUUUACCAGCUCUUAUAUCGGGAGGAUCGUCGGUUUCCGCUGAUACCGAAGGCGACUUUCUUCAACACCCUGGUGUCACCACUUUCACAGCGGAAAGCACCCCAGAAACUCUCACCCCACCAACAUUAUCCAAGGAGUCUUCGAGAGAAUCUGAAAUGGAGCCAGGAUCUUUUCCUGGUGAUGACACCAUUUGCUUAAGUCCCGACAUCGAAGACGAAGGAUAUAAAGCUGAUGAUGGGGCGUGUUUCGCUGAAGAUGAUGAUUCGGAUAGUGAUGAAGGUCUGACCAUGACGACGAGGAGAAAAUCUAAAAUUCCACCAGUCACCAAAAUGCAGAGACGAGGUACCAAUGGGAGUGCGGGUAGCACUGAGACGGCGAAAAAAGUAAUUAUGGAUAGUUGA